GGUUCAACAGCUUCUUCCUGCUAGGUCGUGUUCAGAUGAAUUCAGUGUGUGUACACAGUAUAUUCAGUGACAGUCAUUAUCUGUUUCACUGUAAACUAAACAAACGGUCAGCCUCUUCUAGUUCUGGCGGUCGCUUUGUGAAAUAAAAAUAUGGCUGAGUGCUCCGAAGUUACAAGGAAUAAGAGGAAAGUGGCUGUUAUUACUGGCAUCACAGGACAGGAUGGGUCAUACUUGGCGGAAUUUCUACUCUCCAAAGGAUAUGAGGUUCAUGGCAUUUUGAGACGUUCCAGCUCCUUCAACACUGGACGCAUUGAACAUCUUUACCAGAACCCACAGACACACACUGAAGGCAACAUGAAGCUACACUAUGGUGACCUGACUGACAGCACAUGUUUGGUGAAGAUCAUCAACCAAGUCAAGCCUACAGAGAUAUACAACCUGGGAGCUCAGAGUCACGUCAAGAUCUCCUUUGAAUUGGCUGAGUACACUGCUAAUGUCGAUGGCGUUGGCACGCUUCGUCUUUUGGAUGCUAUAAAGACGUGCGGUCUGACCAGCAGCGUCAGGUUUUAUCAGGCCUCCACCAGUGAGUUGUAUGGCAAAGUCCAGGAGAUCCCACAGACGGAAACCACACCCUUUUAUCCUCGCUCACCUUACGGUGCUGCUAAAUUGUAUGCCUACUGGAUUGUGGUGAACUUCAGAGAGGCCUACAACAUGUUUGCCGUCAAUGGGAUCCUCUUUAACCACGAGAGUCCAAGGAGAGGGUCCAAUUUUGUGACACGAAAGAUCAGCCGCUCUGUUGCAAAAAUUCACCUGGGCCAAUUGGAGAGCUUCAGGCUGGGCAACCUGGAUUCAAAGAGGGAUUGGGGCCAUGCCAAAGACUACGUGGAGGCUAUGUGGUUAAUGCUGCAACAGGAGGAGCCAGAUGAUUUCGUCAUAGCAACAGGGGAGGUGCACAGCGUGAGGGAGUUUGUGGAAAGAGCCUUCAAACAUGUGGGGAAGACUAUUGUGUGGGAAGGCAAGGAUGAGAAUGAAGUAGGACGUUGUCAAGAAACAGGAGUUGUGCAUGUGGAGGUGGAUCCAAAAUACUUCCGUCCAACUGAAGUGGAUUACCUGCAAGGUGACAGCACUAAAGCAGGCCAGAAGCUGGGUUGGAAGCCAAAGGUGACUUUUGAGAGCCUGGUGAAGGAAAUGGUGGAGGCUGACAUUCAGCUGAUGAAGGAAAACCCAAAUGCCUGAGACCAAACCAUGAAGUCCAUUUUAGGACACAAACACGUCAACACUCCAAUCAACACACAGCAAAAAGGACCUUGCUGAAUUUUGCCUUGUAGAUUUCUUUUUUCCCCACAUGAAGUUACGGUGUUUUGCAUUAUGGCGAAGUUAGGGUGUGCAUCUUGGUGUGUGUCGGUUCUGUUUUUGUGAAGUACAUGAAUUAUGCCAACAGGAAUCAAUGUUUGAAGUUAGUAUUUUGUUAUAAUAAUUUACAGUAAUAAAGUGAAUGCAGAUUAUUGAACUUGUCAAUGUUCUUGCACAAAAGACACAUGAAUAAAAUCUAAGAAUGCGAUUACAGAAGACAUCUGAAAAGCACACCGUUCUCUUUAAUUCUUUGAUUAAAACGAUCAAGAUGCAGCAACCGCUUUUAGUGAGUGUGUGUGCAUGCGUGCGUGCGUGCGUGCGUGUGUGUGUGUGCGUGUGUCAGAUGGUGGUGGACAUGCCAAGUCAGUACAGAGAGCAAAUGAGAACCAGAUGCGCUGUGACUUUAUUUGGGCCCCUGAAAGCGCGCAGGUGCUGUGCGUCUGCCCUCCACACCACUUGAACACAAGCCUAUGAUCACAUGCGUUUUGUUGGCGAGAAAACAAAGUGAAGUGGAUCAAAAUCUGGAAAACAAAUAUUCAAAAGAUCCCAUAGAGCUAAAUAAACAUUGAGGGUGAUUAUGCAGCUCUAACGCUCAAUUUGAACUCAAGAGGUGGUCUCUGAGUCCCUGCCAAAUGCUUUUAUUACACUACUCUUUUUGUGAAGACAACACUCAAAUUCAUUCUUCAGGAAGGGGACAUUUGAUCCAAAAUUCUGCAGAUGAAGAAAUAAGUACAUUUUGAGAGCCUAAUUACUUCUAUAUUCUAAAAUAUUGCAACUCUAAAAUGUUAUUUUGUUAUUAAUGAAAUAUUCCUAAAACUGAGCAUAUGACUUGUAUUUGUGUUCGCUCGCAGAAAGUAUAGAUCCACAGGAACCAAAAUAAAAAUACAAACAAAUUCUUUCUUAGCGUUUGACUUCAAUUAAGGCAAUAAAUUGCAUAUUUGUCAUUCCAGUACAGCAGCUCAAGUGCAACUUGUGUGUCAUAAUGUGCCCAUCUGCAGAUUGAACUCGAUUUAAGCCUGCAGCUGCAGCAGCGCCCAAACAUUUUCCGCUGAGGGCCGCAGACACAAACAUUGAACAAUGUGGGGCACUUUGAUAUAUUUUUUUUUAAUAAACGCACUAAAACUCCUCAGUAGUGUAAGGUAAAUGUGCGCAAAGCUGUUAAAUACAUUUCAAAUCAUUAUUAUUGUUGAUGUAAUAUAUUGUUCAAACAUUCAAUAUCUUAACGUUUUCUCUUUUCGGUGUGGCCCUGAUCAUCCUUCAUGUUUCAUGUUUAAUUUUAUGCAUC